UCUCAAACAAGCCCAUGGAGGUUGCAACGGGAGCACUGGGCACCCUGAUCCCCAAGCUCGGCCAGCUCCUCCUGGAUGAGUACAACCUGCAGAAGGGCGUCAAGAAGGACAUCAAGUUCCUUUCAAGGGAGCUGGAGAGUAUGCAUGCAGCCCUCCGCAGUGUUGGCGAGGUUCCACGAGAGGAACUCAAAGAGCAGGUCAAGAUCUGGGCGCGCGAUGUCAGGGAGCUGUCCUACCACAUGGAGGACAUCGUCGACACCUUCCUAGUGCGCGUCAAGGGCCCUAAGCCCCCUAGCAAAAGGAGUGCCAAGAGUUUCUUGAAGAAGAUGAUGGGUAUUGUCACAAAGGCUAAAACUCGCCAUGAGAUCGGGCAAGAGAUCAAGGACAUCAAGGAGCGUGUCAAGGAGGUGGCCGAGCGACGCGAUAGGUACAAGGUUGAUGCUAUUAAACCUGGCAAAAUAUUGGUUGACCCUCGCAUAACAGCUCUAUACACUAAGGCUACAGAUCUUGUUGGCAUUGAUGAGGCAAGAGAAGAACUAAUCACGAGGUUGACAAAGGGAGAUGACAUGUCUGCGCAGCAGCAAAGGGUAGUAUCUAUAGUUGGUUUUGGAGGAUUAGGCAAGACAACACUUGCCAAAGCUGUGUAUGACCAGCUCAGAGUGCAAUUUGAUUGCACGGCUUUUGUUUCAGUCUCUCAAAAUCCUGACUUGAACAAACUUCUCAAGAAUAUGUUGUAUGAACUUGAUAAGCAGAAACAUGCCAACAUUCAUAGCACAAUGUUGGAAGAAAAGCAUCUCAUCGACCUAGCCCGGGAAUUCCUCGAAAAUAAAAGGUACCUCAUUGUCAUCGAUGAUAUAUGGGAUAUAAAACCGUGGGGGAUAUUACAGUGUUCCCUACUUGAGAAUAGCCUGAAAAGCAUAAUAAUCACAACUACUCGCAUACUUGAUGUUGCUGAGCAAAUUGGCGUUGCUAUAAGCUCAAACCUCUAUCUCAUGAGAGCUCUAAAAAGCUAUUCCAUGGAAGAAUAUUCGGCUCCGAAGGCAAAUGCCCUGGACAAUAUUUUGAGGUAUCUGAAAAGAUUUUGAAGAAAUGUGGAGGUGUGCCAUUGGCUAUCAUUACUACAUCUAGCUUGCUAGCUAACAAAUCAGGAGAUAUAAAAGAGUGGAAUGAUGUCUGUGGCUCUAUUGGGGUUCGGACUUGCAAGCAAUCCUAGUAUGGAUAGUAUGAGGAAGAUAUUGUUGCUUAGUUAUUAUGAUCUACCUUCUCAUUUGAAGGCAUGCUUAUUAUAUCUUACUAUAUUUCCUGAAGAUUAUAAGAUUGAGAAAGAACGGUUGA